AUGUCAACAGCAGCCCUCUCUCCCAAAGCACGACGGAUCAUCCUUACAGCUGGUGUCACAAUAUGCACAAUCAUGGGCUCGCUCUACGGAGCGGGAUUGAAGAUGGACCAGGAUGCAAAGAAGGAAGCUGAGAGACAGCGAUCCGCUACUACCGCGGAGAAAAUUCACGCCCUCGAAGCAGCCAGGGAGGUUCUCGUUAGACGACGAACUUCGCUAGAAAAGCAAAUAAAUGACCUGCGAACAAGACAGGAGAACAGGCGUAGGAAUGAGAAUAUCGGUGACAGUGGGAGGCCGCGGUGA